AUGGCAGUAUUCCACAUAGUCCUCUUCAAGCUAAAGCCCGGCGUCACGGCGGCUCAGAUAGAUGAAUUCAAGAAGGCAUGCAAGGCUAUGGUUGGGCAGGUCCCAGGCCUUCGCGAAAUACACAAUAACCCACCAUUGGCCAUGACAGCAUCCCGGGCCAAGGGGUAUGAUAUGGGCUUGUUGGCCAUUUUGGAAAAGCCGGAUGAUAUCUCGGUAUAUGCAGGGCAUCCGUCGCAUUUGGUGGUGCAAAAGCUACGAGAAGAGAUAUGCGAUGACGCAUUGGCAUACGAUAUGGAGUUUUAA